AUGAUAGUUGGACUUGCUCUCAACCUGACUGCUGUUACUGCAAUGGAUUUCCAUGAUAAACUGAAGGAGUACUUUGGUGGAAACAAGAGGAGACUGGCGAAAGAGAGGGACGUCACCCUCUGUCUCGGAAACGAGGCAUGCGACGUGGACUCGUUCAUCAGCUCCCUCGUCACUGCCAUCCACGACAAUGCCAUCCACGUGGUCUGCAUGAACAGAGACGUAUUCGAGGCCAAGGGAGACGUUGGAUACGUCCUAGACCACUUUGGAAUUGAUAGGGACGACCUCGUCUACCUUGAGAGACCAAUAGGCAACUUGACCACUGAACAGAGACGAGAUGUAACCAGGCUGAACACGUACGAAGGUGGAAGACUGAAGGAGUCGAGGCGUCUCAGCAGCUACGAUCCACGCCUCAUCAUCGUCGACCACAACGUGCCUGUCGAUGAGUUGAAGGAGUACACGAUCGACCUCAUCGUGGACCACCACGAGUUGGCACGUGAGUCGAUUCGUGCCCGUAGAAUGUACAUCGACCUCGAUGUUGGAUCGUGCUCCACUCUCAUUUCCAAGUACAUUGGCCACAGUCUGACAACAAAUAAGGCAAACAAGAGCAGUGACUUCGAGUCGGCCACCUUUGUCUCCCACAUUGCGAAGAUGCUCCUUGUUCCGAUAGUUCUGGACACCAGCAACUUCAAGCGGAGAGCAAGCCACUUUGAUUUGGGCGAGUUUGAGCGGCUUCUGGGGCAGAGUAGCACGAGCAGGAAGGAGCUGCUUGCAAUCAGAAAGGGAAUUAGGAAGGGUAGGCUGAAUGACGAGGGGCUACCAAAUGACAUCAUCAUGCAGAAGGACUUCAAGGUGUACCAUCACAGGGGACUCAACUUUGGUUGUGCGACAGUGAAGUACAAGACGAAGAAGUGGGUGGAGAGGGAGUUGAAGAAGAACGUGAACAUGGAGAGCUACCUGAACGACUUCAGGAGAAGACAUGGGCUCGACUUCCUCUUUGUGAACAGGAAGAAGGGUCGCAAGAGGUGGCUUACGGUUGUAAACUGCACGUUUGAGAAGAUGCUGGCAGAAGAGAACGGAUUCAAGGCAGUGGAGUACAAGGGGCUUCAUUACUACAAGAUAGACGUGAAGUUGAGUAGGAAGGUGAUGAUGCCAAUUGUGUUGAAGACGAUAGACAGGAUAUACAAGAAGAUGAAGAAGAGAGGAGAGGCAAGAGAGAAGGAGAUUGAGACUGGGCUGAGUUUGGAGGAGAUUAGGAAGGAGCUGGAUGAGGAAAAGAGGGAGAAGUAG